CAAUUUACAAAAUAGUCAGAUUGAAAAUAACAAUGUAAAUGCCAGGCAAUUGCAUGAACAAGAAGAUAAAGCCAUUAAAAUAUUAAGACAACUUCAGGAACAAAAUAAUGACUGGGACAUGCAACGUGUUCGAAUCUAUUGGAAUAAUAAUCGCUACAACAAGAAAAAAAAAGUCUCUCCUGAUAUGUAA